UCAGAUUUCCCGGGUUAUCAGAACGCAACGCAGCUCAGCAACAAAUAAACUCUCAAGCCUCUCUCUCUCUCUCUUCUGCAAUUUCAAUCGACGAAGAUGAGAGCUUUGAAUUCACGUUUCGUGCUACUCGACAUCAACAGCUCAUGGCACUCUGCGAACCGAAUUCCAGCAUCAGCCUAUGCUUACCUGCAAUGCUCUAGCCUCGUUUGCACCGUCUCUUCGUCAUUUCGUCGAACUCGUCGAUCGCGCAAUAGAAUUGCUUCUUCUGGAUCGCCACCCUCCUCGAUUCGAUCUCCCGAAAUUCGCAGGCCCUCUGAACGGUUUGCUGCGGGAAAUGGGAUCCUGUCAACGUCUUUGCCUCCGUCUUUGCCAUCCACUUCGAGGUCGGACGGUGAUUCAGAAUUAGUGUCGUUCCUGGAGUUGGUUCCUGUGAGAAUGCGGAAGGAUCUGUUUCGGCAUACGGAGCUUGGGGAUUUGAUUGAGUUAGUCAUGGAUUUGGGACGGAAACCUAUUGCUCGGUUUCCUUCGGGCGAUUGGGUGAUAUCGGAAGAGCCGGUAAGGCUUGAAGAUCUCAGGCAUGCGAUUUCGAAGGUUGGCGACUUUUCUGAUGACAACCGUUCAGGUAUUGAUCGUUCUCUACACCGUAUCAGUGCCAUCCGGAAUCGCAAGAUGCAAAUAAUUGGCCUCACAUGUCGGGUGGGUCGGGCUAUAUCUGGAAGUGCAGAGAUGAUACGUGACUUGAUUGAAGGGGGAGGUUCCAUCUUGGUCAUAGGACCUCCUGGAGUUGGCAAAACAACUUUGAUCAGAGAAAUAGCUAGAAUGUUGGCAGAUGAACACAUGAAACGAGUUAUCAUUGUUGAUACAUCAAAUGAGAUUGGAGGUGAUGGAGAUGUCCCCCAUUCAGGAAUUGGCUGCGCAAGGAGGAUGCAAGUUCCAAACGUUAACAUGCAACACAAUGUUAUGAUUGAAGCAGUUGAAAACCAUAUGCCUGAAACAAUUAUAAUUGAUGAAAUUGGAACAGAGCUUGAGGCAUUAGCUGCCAGCACAAUUGCUCAAAGGGGUGUUCAACUGGUUGGAACAGCACAUGGGAUGACUAUCGAAAACAUAAUAAAGAAUCCGUCUCUGCAAAUCCUUGUUGGUGGCAUAGAGAGUGUUACACUUGGUGAUGAUGAAGCAAGGAAAAGGAAAGUUCAGAAGACAAUAUUAGAGAGGAAAGGGCCUCCAGCAUUUACCUGUGCUGUUGAGAUGAUAUCGAGGACUGAAUGCCGUGUCCAUCAUAGAUUAGAUGCAACAGUAGAUGCUAUUCUGGCAGGAAAAUCUCCCCUUUAUGAGGCCCGCCACAUGGAUGCCAAGGCAGAGAGUUCUGUGGAACCUACCCUGGAAUUUCAAAAGCAGCUUAUAGAAGGAUCCAACAUCACUAACACUGAAGAAAAAACUGCUGAAAUAGAACAUAUCAAAGAUGUUACUGAUUAUCCUGAUAGAAAUACCAAGAAAUGGAGUAGUAAUGGAUCCAUGAAAAAGAAGAGUUCACCAGUGUGUGUUUACACUUACAAGAUCCUGGAAGCCGAUCUACUGCAAGUAGCGAAAGUAAUGGGGCUGGAGGACGAACUGGAUGUAACUGAUGAUAUUGGAACUGCAGAUGCAAUAUUGGCAUCAAGUUCUGAAAUUAAGCAGAACCCAUGGAUCCGUGGUGUAGCUAAAUUCCAUAAGUUACCCAUAUUUGUUAUCAAGUCCCAUACCAUGGCUCAAAUGGUAAAGGCAGUUCGCAUGAUUUUGGGAAUGGAAUCGUUUGGUCCUGUACUGAAUCGGGCACACAAAAAUUCUUCAAUAGACAUUGAAAUUGAAGAUGAUGCACCAAAAAGAAAGCCCUCGUUGGAGGAGAUUGAUGCCUUGGAGGAGGUUCGACUUGCAAUUGAGUACAUUGUGAUUCCCGGUGGAGAACCUGUUGAACUUCUCCCAAGACGAUCUGACAUAAUAGCUCGACAGCUAGAGCUUGUGGAGAGCUAUCAGCUAACUGCUGAGCAGUCAGGUACAGAGUUGAACCCCAGGUUGCAGAUUCUCCCACAGAGGCUAAUCAAGAAAACUACUUCUGCUAAACACUAUAGAUCUGGCCAGAGGGAACCAGGAUGUGGAUCCAUAAGUGGUGGUGGUGGAGGUACUACUGUUUCUCGAUUACCCCUUCUGCCCGAAUAGUCAAGCUGUAGCAUCCAGUGCAAUGUACAUUGGUUGAUACAUGUAUCAUUUCAUGUACAGUCAUAAAUUAUUGAAUACCAAAAAAAAAUGUAAAUUGUUGAUCAUAUCAUGUAAACUUGUAAAGCAUCAAUGCAAUCUAAAUUCAAUUCUUAAGUGCCA